CGGCGGCCCACAGGUGCGUGGCGUCCCGGUGGUCGUGUUUCACCUGUGACAGCACUAAAGCCUCGUGUCCGGCCUGGGCGUGCUGGGGGCGGGCGUGCGGGCGGCGGUGUGCGGGCUGCGGCGGGGCAAGCUGGCAACAGCGAGGGACGGUGCCGCGGCGUGUAGCUCCCACCAUAAGCGGGCGGGCGACCUCACACCCGCGGACAGGUGCGGUAAGUGCGGACGUCAUCGCCACCUGUCCAUUGAUCGGCAGUGAUUGACGCAAGGAGCGGCGGCGGCGGCGGCGGCGUGUGAGGUUCCCGAGCGGCGAGGCGCGGGACUGAUGCUGUGAGGCCCCGGCCGCUGGAAGGCUGACGGGCUGACUCUUGGCGCCAGGCUGUGCCCGCGGGCGUGGUGGGCGUGGUGCAUGAUGACCGUGGAGGUGUGUGGGCGGGUGUCGGUGCCCAGCGUGUCCCCGGGCGGAUCCAGCAACAGCGACGCGGCGCCCCUGGACGACGUGCACAGCGAGGGCGGCCUGGCGUCGCCCCCCGCCCGCGACACCACGGAGCCGCCCGUCCACCGCCCGAAGUUCAUGAUUACCGACAUCCUGGCGCAGCGCGUGCCGCCCGCCGCCACGGAGAAGGCCGCCGGGGGAGGCGCCUCGGCCACGCAGACCACAGACACACUCAAGGGUCUGGACGCCCACGACGACGACCACGCGGCGGACGACGGCGGCAGCCAAGACGACGACGGAGCAGAGGACAGCAAGACCUACAAGAAGCAGCGCAAGGCCCGCACGGCCUUCACCGACCACCAGCUGCAGACGCUGGAGAAGAGCUUCGAGCGGCAGAAGUACCUGAGUGUGCAGGACCGCAUGGAGCUGGCGGCCAAGCUCAACCUGACCGACACGCAGGUCAAGACCUGGUACCAGAACAGACGGACCAAGUGGAAGCGGCAGACGGCGGUGGGCCUGGAGCUGCUGGCCGAGGCGGGGAACUACGCCGCCCUGCAGAGGCUGUAUGGCCCGUCGUACAGCUGGCCGUAUCCGCCACAGCCCGCCACUGCCGCCGCAGCAGCCGCAGCAGCAGCUCUUGGGCCUGCAGCAGCCUCAGUUGACCUGUAUUACCGGCAGGCCGCCGCCGCUGCAGCCCUACAGAAGCCCUUGGCCUACCGCCUCUACCCGCCCGGGCUGCCCCUCCUGCCCCACAUGUCUUCUGACCCUUUGCGGGACGCCCUCAGACCCGAGGCGCUGAGGCCCGACGCGGUGCGGCACGAUCUGCUGAAGCCUGAGCUGCGGCCUGACGCGGCGCGGCUGGAGCGGCACGAGAUGCUCAAGAGCGAGGCCGCCAGACUGGAGAGCCGCCUCUUCCCCCUGGACGGCCGGCUGGUCAUGUCCCCCUCACCACGCGACCACGACGAGGCGGAGCUGACUCUGAGGGACGCCGGCCGGCCACUGGAAGGCGCACCGCGGGCGUCCAGGUCACCCUCCCCGGCACACUGCCCCUCGCCCACUGACCUGCGGGUGAGGGCUUCUCCAGACUCCCCCAGUGACCCCCACCCGGCCGCCCCUUGAGCCGCCGCCGGAUACGCGAGGCCCCAAGACGUAAUUUUCCCCUGUACAAAGCUAGCUAGGGCGUCACUAGUGCAACCCAGGCAGGCUUGUAGCGGUAUGAACAGUCUUUAUUUAGUGUACAUAUUUAUCGGAGGGAGGAGUCAGGCGGGGCGGGGCGUCAGUGUCCCUGAAGAGUGACGACGCAUUGCAGAUCAAAAUGAAUCAGGUACGUCAGGUGCUGCUGCUGCCUGGCGUCCCAAGGUUGUGUGCUGCAGACCCCGCCAGGAGCAGAACAGCUCCAUCUCUGGGCGGCAAGGGAUCACGGUCUGGCUGACGCUCCUGAGUCACCUCAGCGGCAGGACUGUCACACCGUCGGCACGACAAAGGACUCAUGGCUCCACGCGGCAGCAGCCAGCAUCAAAGUGUCAAGUAUUUGAGCGCCUCCAGCCGCCACCCGCAGGACACGACGCCAUCCCUCCACUCCCCGACACCCCAUUCGUAUCCCUCCAGCAAGUCCCGUAGGCUAAGCCGUCGCCCUAGUCACCACCACCAGCGACUCCGCCAGUAGACCUGAGUGUUACAUAAGUCCAUGUCAUCUAUCUUGUUAAUUAAACUUGGCAAAGUGAGCGGCGUUUGGCAACUCUCGUUCGUUCCUAGACUUUACUCGUCUCACAAGAAUCUGGGUAUCCCUUGUUACCUAAUGUCCAUAUCAAGCAGGUAUCAAACGGAGAAGAAACAGGUAUUACAUUGUUGAAUAUUGCAACUAAAUUUGGCAUCAUUUUGUAUUUGUCCAAAAUU